AGAUCUCCAGCCUUGGUUUCAUUCUCUGGGCUUUGUUAGAACAGUUUCGGCGCGUGGACUAGGAGAGUGCCGUGAUUGUGAGCCUGUGAGGACCAUGUGGUUGUUCAUUUGAGGUUUGUUGGAUUUUAGUCUCAGGGUGUGUGUGUGAGAGUGAGAGAAAGCGGGGAGGAAGGUAGAGAUGGAGCCACAAAGGGGUAAAGUUCGUUCGAGAUGUUGUGCAAACCGCCCGGUUGUGUGCUUCGUGUGUUUUUAAUGUCGACGUGCUUUGUGCCUGGUUUGGGAAAUUGAGAUGUGGUGGUCGAUUGGCUUCUACUGCAGGUUGAAAAACGAAACAAAGAAUUACAUGCAAAGACAUCCAGUAACGAGAUAGCCAUGGGAGGCAUGGCGGAGGCCAACCACAUGGUGAUGAACGAGUCUCAGAACGAAGAUCAGAUUUUAACGCCAAAGACUUUUGAAUUAAGGAAGCACGGCUAUUUGGCAUUGGCGAGGGGCUUGGGUUCUGGUAUCUAUGAAACAACAGGACUCACUAGCCAAGCAUCAGGAGGUAUAGAGAUAUUUGGUAUUCAGAAUCGGGACUUGGGUGCAGAAAAUGGAGAUGGUACCCAAAAUCUUCGCCAAUCAUCUAUCGAUACGGAGCCUCACACACUCGAUUUAAACACUGUUAAAGAAGCCAAGGAAGGAGCAAUAGAAAUCAUACAAACCUACGACGCUGAUGAUGCUCUUCAUUUGUUUCUGAAGGAUGCUGAAGACGAACAAUUAAGGAAGGAAGCUUUGGCAGCCAUCUUACCCACUUCCGAGUUUGUGAUAAUAGGUUGAUCCCAUAUUGUGGAUAGCUUCGUGGCAUCACAUGAAGAAUGUCCACACUGCUGAGAGCAGCAAUUGCUACGCAGCAAGCAGUAUAUAUGUGUUGGCAUGCUUAGAGUGUGUCACAAGUAGAAAAUAGAUGACUAGAAAAUUCGUGGAUGCGUUUGGUGUGUGGUAACUUUGGCAACAUGAACUCGCAUUCUAUAGAUUUCUUAGCGUGUUUUGGAAGGCGCAGGAUAUAACUGUGUAGAGAAAAAAUUAACAGUAGAAAAUGGAGUCAAUCAAGUGUCACUAAUGAAAGGCUCUACAUUAGAGGGGGGUGAGAAGGCCCACUUUACAAUGAGAAAAAAUACCAGUAUCUAUACGAUAAUACAAUGUUGUAAUAUUGACUUUACACAAGUAACACGAAUGUUCAUCUUUUUUGGCUCUUAA